GGCGGCCGGUCAUUUGAGAGUGGGUGUUUGUUUUCAAAUCAAUCAUUUUUUCGAACGGAAAAUUUCCUCUCUCUCUCUCUCUCCCCCCUCUCUCUCUCUCUUUCUUUCUUCUCGGACACCGCUGGGAUCGGUGUUAGAGAAAACGGAAAGGCAGGCCGUUACAACAGGUCAAGAGUUCAAGUCCUACUUUCUCAGCUAUUAGGACCGUCUGUGGAAGGGACGUAGGGCCAUACUCAAAACACUACUUCGAGUGUGUUUGGCCGCAAUCACGGCCAUAUUCAUGCUUGUGCUGAUAUGAAUGAGCCGCAACCCCGCUGAGCAAACCAUCCCCCUUCCCUCUCCCCCCCCCCCCUUUUCAAGAACGUGAAGGGGAAUCCCGAAACUGCCGGGAAAAGAUUACUUUCUUAGGUCGCUGUUACUCCUUUUCUUCCCUUUCAGUCUGUUGCUUAUCACGAGUAGGUAGGUGAUUCAACGAGAUUCAUCCAUAAGAUGCUCCCACAUCCAUUGGUUCUGGACGCGAGCGGUAAUAGGCGGUCGCACGGUAGUUAUCCUGGUCAGUUCGAUUGCGUCGUCCUCUUCUAUUCAGGACUUGUUGAUCAGUUAGCAGGCAGAUCGGCAAUUUUGUGUUGACGUCAUCGGCCACAAGGACAUAUAGAAGGGAUAAAAUCCAAGAAAGAUAAUGAGGAAGAAGAGCCAGGUCGGACAUGCGCCAGUAGGAGGCGAAGGCGGGUUCCUUUCCUACCUCUCCUCUUUCUCUCUCUCUCACAAAUAUCCUAACAGAAUAUAGUGGAAGUGUUGGUCUUGUGCUUUCCCUCCCUCCUCCCUCUCCACGCCCCUUCACCCCUCCGUUCCACCUCUCCUCCCCCCUCCACCCUCCCCUCCAUACUUCCCUUCUCUAGGGGAGCCGACCUCCAGCUUAAAUAACACGGUAUAUGGAAAGACUAUGGUUUUUAUUCUUCAGGACUCGUCUCUCGUCGCACACGGAUAAUUGCUCGCAAAAGGAUACUGGCUCGGCUAAGGAUAACGGAUGCGAUAACGGUUAUGACAACGACUAUGACUUCGGCUAUGGCUGGGACGGAUCGCGCCGUCAGGAGAAAGCCGACUAAUAAGGUGCACGCCCCUGGGAAGGCAGCGAGCGAGAGGCUGCGGCUUUGACCACGGCCAUGGCUUAUGGCUAUAGCUACGGCUAAGGCCCUGGCUAUGACUUCGACUAUGACCGCGGCAAAAGGCUAUGGCUAUGACUAUGGCUCCGGCUAUGGCCACGGCCAUGAUCAUGACUAUGGCUACGGUCAUGAUCGCGGGUAUGGCUACGGUCAUGAUCACGGCUAUGGCUACGGCUGCGAUCACGGUUAUGGCGGUGGUUACGAGGGUCGCUGCUAGGAGGGAGAACCAACGAAUGCGCAUGCAUCUCACAGCCCACCGCACUGAAGUUCAGGCCGUCUGGCAUCUGAUCGUCAGGAGCAGAAAAGGUUCAGGGUCGGCAAUUGCCGACGGCCAUGGCCGUUGGCACCGGUGUUUGAUCAUGAGGAGCAGAAACGGUUAGCUACUGACACAGCCGUGUGGCCGCGGCUAUGGCCGCGGCUCUGACCUACAGCUACGACGCUAUGACUAUGACUAUGAUUGUCAGCUAUCUCAUCAUCAUGAGAAGCAGAAAGCGUCAGGUACGAGGAUGCACAACGGCCCCACGACAGCGCAACAGAACAGGAUAGGUCUUUCGUUACGCAACAGGAGAUAAGAAGUGGCAUUUUUUUGGGGAGAAAGUGUUGUAUGCAGUGCGGAGAGCGACAGCUAUGGAUAUGGCUCAUACACCAACUUGCGAAGACGAUCGUCAGUUGAAAGGCGCUGCCAUGUGCCAGGAAGAGGAGACAGUGUUCAGCGUGAGAUGCUCCGCGACCACCCUUCCCCCUGUCCCCCGACACACACACACACACACACACACACACACACACACAUUUUCAAAAAAAGAAGCGCCUCCAAGUGCGAGGUACAGUCACUUGAGAAUAGGUUAUCGUCAUCGUGAGUGACAGACGGCAAAGGAAUGCCUUUACCAGGCAGUUAUAUAGACUAUCAAAAUUGAAUUACCUUUUUCUAUAUCUCCCCAUCUCCCCACCUCCCCUCCCCAAACACACCCUCACACAAAACCUGCUGAUCAGUUGGUGCAAGUACGACGGAACAGUCUGGUACUGUUACGCUUUUUUUUUGUGGAGUUGUGUAUAGCGAACAUGACAACAAACACAGAAAAAAGAACGCACAAUUGUUUCGUCGGACCUUCAACCUCCUGAUGAGUCGGUGCGACGAAAUAGUCUGGCACAGAAAAAAGAACGCAUAACUGUUUCGUCGCAUAACUGUUUGUGGAGUUGUGUAGAGCGAGCAUGACAAUGCACACACACACACACACACACAGGAAAAAAAACGCGCGAGUCCAAGUGCAAGAUACAAUCAAUCGAUGAUAGGUAUAGGUUAUCAUCACUAUUGAGUAACGGUGCCAGCAAGCUACGACGAAGCUUGUUGACGACGAUGAGGAGGGUAGAAUCUGGGCGAGGGGAGGGGGAAGGAGAAAGGGGAGAGGGGGAGGAGAGGACGGGGAUUUGCUGGUCUCUAUGUCGAUAGGAAGGACCCUUCUAGAAAGACACAGCGCCAAUCCUUUGGGACCACUUCACCAUCCCGAGGGUAGAUCGGGGAUUGUACAUGGUCUUCUUCUCUUAUUAAAGAAGAAAAACGGGAGUACGAUGUCCGAAUGAACUGCAAACACGAGUUCAAUUCCAUGCUAUAAAUAGCAAACCGAGCUGCAAAUUGUCGAUAGAUAAUGAGGAAGGGAAUGGAUAAGAACAACAGAAAGCGGGCACGACUUCCAGACGCAGCAUUCGACUCCUGGGUGUAUAUGACCACAAAAGUGUCAUUGGACUUGUUACUAAAUGUAUCUGACCGCCGUUACGUCCGCCUUGCAUGCAUCUUACCGAUAACCAUGACGACUUGGAGAUGAACAGGGUGAUAAUAAUGGUGUAGCUGAGUUUCGAUCUUAUUGUUUUUUUCUUUUUUUUCGUCCGGGCAAGGGCCAGCCAAAGAGGAGAAAAUUGAGCACCAAAAGUGUUCAGCAGUUUGACUUGUCCUCCGGGACAUCCGUUAAGAAUGGGAACGAUACAGAUAAAAUUAGCAUGGCCCCUGCAGGGCAAGGAUGUCCCGCAUAAAUCGAUAAAGGCAGUUUGACUUG